AUGGCUGCUCCUGCUGUGUCUGCCACUCCUGCUGUUCCUGCCGUUCCUGUUCCUGUCCAUGCUGCUGCCCACGGUGUGUCUUCUCCAGUCCCAGGUCCUUCCGGACAGGUGCAGUCGGGCCAUGUUGCUUCGGCAAUAGCCCCGACUCCGGCCUGGAUGGAGGACCUGACGUCUGGUCCAGUCCCGGGUCCUUCCGGACAGGUGCAGUCGGGCCGUGUUGCUUCGGCAAUAGCCCCGACUCCGGCCUGGAUGGAGGACCUGACAGCUGGUCCAGUCCCGGAGACAGGUGCAGUCGGGCCGUGUUGCUUCGGCAAUAGCCCCGACUCCGGCCUGGAUGGAGGACCUGACGGCUGGUCCAGUCCCGGGUCCUUCCGGACAGGUGCGGUCGGGACGUGUUGCUUCGGCAAUAGCCCUGACUCCGGCCUGGAUGGAGGACCUGACGGCAGGUCCAAUCCCGGGUCCUUCCGGACAGGUGCGGUCGGGCCGUGUUACUUCGGCAAUAGCCCCGACUCCGGCCUGGAUGGAGUACCUGAUGUCUGGUCCAGUCCCGGGUCCUUCCGGACAGGUGCGGUCGGGCCGUGUUGCUUCGGCAAUAGCCCCGACUCCGGCCUGGAUGGAGGACCUGACGGCUGGUCCAGUCCCGGGUCCUUCCGGACAGGUGCGGUCGGGCCGUGUUGCUUCGGCAAUAGCCCCGACUCCGGCCUGGAUGGAGGACCUGACGGCUGGUCCAGUCCCGGGUCCUUCCGGACAGGUGCGGUCGGGCCGUGUUGCUUCGGCAAUAGCCCCGACUCCGGCCUGGAUGGAGGACCUGACGUCUGGUCCAGUCCCGGGUCCUUCCGGACAGGUGCGGUCGGGCCGUGUUGCUUCGGCAAUAGCCCCGACUCUGGCCUGGAUGGAGUCCUGGGUUCGGAACCCGGGUCCGUUCCGGACAGGUGCGGUCGUGGGCCGUGUUUGCUUCGGCAAUAG